CCGGGGCGGGGCGCGGCGACGGGGCGCGGCGAGCUCCCUCGGGGUCCCAGCGGGCCGGCACUCGGCGGCCGCGGCGCAAUGGAGGCGCCGGCCGAGCUGCUGGCCGCGCUGCCUGCGCUGGCCACCGCGCUGGCCCUUCUGCUCGCCUGGCUGCUGGUGCGACGUGGGGCGGCCGCGAGCCCGGAGCCUGCCUGCACGCCCCCGGAACCCGCGCCCCCGGCCGAGGCCACCAGGGCCCCGGCGCCGUCCCGCCCCUGCGCCCCCGAGCCGGCGGCCGCGCCCGCGGGGCCGGAGGAGCCUGGGGAGCCCGCGGGGCCGGGGGAGCCCGAGGAGCCUGCGGGACCGGGGGAGCCGGAAGGACCAGGGGAUCCCGCGGCGGCGCCAGCUGAGGCGGAGGAGCAGGCGGCGGAGGCGAGGCAGAAAGAGGAGCAGGACUUGGACGGUGAGACGGGGCCAUCAUCGGCAGGGCCUGUGGAGGACGACGGAGAAGGCUUCUCCUUCAAAUACAGCCCCGGGAAGCUGAGGGGAAACCAGUACAAGAAGAUGAUGACCAAAGAGGAGCUGGAGGAGGAGCAGAGGAUUGAGCUGACCUCUGACCUCACUUCCCUGUAGCAAGUUCCUUAGGUCCUGAGCCACAAAUAUUCUUGCAAAUCCUUUUGAACUGAAGAAUAAUGAAGUUAUCCUUAGCGUCCUCCUAAAGGCUUUUCCUUUUGGCAUCUUAAAAGCUUGAGAGAGAAAAUGGAAACCCCAGAGAGGAGUCUGGGCAGGCUCCCAGGGUGCAUGCUGCCUUCGUAACUCUGCUGAGCUCUAGACCCUCAGUCAGGACUUGUCCUUGGCUAGCAGGAUCCUGGGAACACCUUUGGCCCUGCCCCGUAUAGAGAUGUUCAUGUCCAUUGCUGUGGGUCACUUUGUUAAGCUGAAGUGUUUUAAGAGUUUGAGCUCAGACCCUGGACUGGGGUUUUUCUUACCACUCAAACUUGCUAUCCACACACCCUGCACACCUUAGAUAAAACAAACAUUUAGAAAGCAGAGUUCACUUUCACUCCAGUGCUCCCAUUUUGUCCUCACUGAAGCCAAACCACAAAAGACUUUGAGGAAUGAGAGACAAAUGAGGUAGAGCUCACCUGUGCUCACCAGCUCUGUCAGAGUGGUCAGCCGACCCCUUUCCCUGGGCACCCCACCUCUCUGGCUAGCUUGGUUGUCGGGGGUGAGAUGCCAUAUUGAUUAGAGGGCAGCAAAGAACCAGUACCAGGAAUUGACUUGACCAUUCCCCUUACUUUUCAUCUAGAGAAAUCUUGGAUUCAGCCCAUUUAUUGCUAAGACACCUUUUCACUGACGUUCUUACCAGCUCAGCCAAAUCUCCACUCUGCUAUAGCAGAAGCAAUAAUGUUGCUUUAAAAAGAUUUCUUGACUAUGCCUUUUCUUAGAGAGGUUGAUAGAUUAGUUGGAACUUCAGAUCAUCAGAUCAGUCUCAGAUUCGUUUCUUGGAAUUUUAUAUUUGACAGUAUUUAUACUAUACCAAACUCAUUUGCAGUUCUGAGGUUUGUUGGUUAAAACAUUUUUUUAAAGCAGUAAGUUUAUAGAAAAUGUUUUCAUUUAAUGGAAGGCUGGGGAGUGUCCAGCAUCAGCCCCCAUGGCCUGCAUUCCCGGUGGCUUUCUCCAUCUGGGCCUGAAACCUUUGGUUCAGGGCUUAGGGGAGAACAGGCCACCUGGCAACAGCCACACAGUCAUUGCCUUCAACACAGAGCCACGGGGUGAAUGGAUGUACUUCUGUGUCCUCAGACAGCAAUAGUCAUGCCCUUGUCCAGGCUGGGAUCUAACUGAUACAGUAGGUCGUUGACUCCCUCCUAGUAGAGCUAUCUAGGUUUGUCUGGAAAAUUCCCCACCAUGGCUUAUAGGCACCACACCUCAUGUACUCCUGAUGGCUUGGAUCUCUGUAUUCAGCCUUUGUUCAGUCCAAUAAACUUUUGAGUAGAUGAUCUCAA